AUGGGUCUAGACAACGAAAACCCAACUUUAUUUGAAAAAAGCGAAGAGAGGACAGUAAGUGCAAAAGAUUUGGAUGACAAUGAAGCUGAAGAGUUUGAUUCAAGGGAAAUCUUUGAUUUGAUUAGAGGAAUAACAGAUCCAGAACAUCCACUGUCCCUUGAAGAACUAAGAGUUGUUGAUCAGAGUUUAAUUGAGGUUGAAGAUAGCAUCAAUACAGUUAAGGUAUUAUUUACACCAACUAUUCCUCAUUGCAGCAUGGCUACAUUAAUUGGAUUAUCUAUUAAAGUUCGACUUUUAUGGUGUCUACCACCGCGCUUUAAAAUAUCUGUUACCAUAACACCAGGUACUCAUGCAUCUGAACACGCUAUCAAUAAGCAAUUAGAUGAUAAAGAAAGAGUGGCUGCAGCUUUGGAAAAUACACAUCUAUCAACCGUUUUAAAUAAAUGCAUAGCUACUGCAUAG